GCAUCCGGCAGGCCGAAGCUCCACCCAACCUCUCCGAUGGCGCUCAACCUCUCGCAUCGCCGUGCUCCUCAGGGUCCGCUCGAGCGCGGGGGCCGCAGGUGCCUCCGCUGCCGCUGCUGGAGUUGCAAGCGGCGGCCGCAGGAUCCGCAGCCGCAACCGCGUCGGGCGCCCGCCGGCGACCGGCCGCUGGCCGUCGGCCCUUCCAUGUGCGGCCCACCGCCCGCCGUCCACCUGCGUCCCGCUGCUGCCUCCAAUGGUAGUGUCCCAAUGCGUUAGAGGGAGAGGGUAGCCGAGACGUCACCUGUGCGCUGCCGCUGCUGCUGCUGCAUCCGCACCCGGCGCCCGCAGGCCACCCUCUGCGUGCAAUCUGCUGCCCGCCGGCCAACACUCGCUGCCUACCUGCUUGCUUGUGCUACCAGUGCCACCAACGCUACCGUGCCACUGCGUGAGAGGGAGAGGGUUGCGCUGCAGCAGCGUAUCUCUUCAAGUCGAAGGCGCAAUGAUAGCAACAGAGGCCGGCUCCGCUUCCUAUCGCUCAUUCUGUGAUCUGUGAUUUUUGUUUCUGCAGCCCUGUUCCUUUCAUUCUUCCACUUUUUCUGUCCUUUUCUCUUUGCAGCAUUAUGUUACUGUUAUGUGUCUCCCCUUUUACCUAUAACAUUUCUAAAUUGUUUCCCAAAAAAAAACCAUGAAGGAACGACAAAAAGCAAGGCAACAAAUCAGCUUUCCACAAGCAGGGAAGGUACUAGCCAGGUACCAAGAUGGCACCAAAAGGAACAACUUUGGAUUUAUUAAAUUGACUUACUGUUUACAAUAAACAUAUGAUUACUUCUAUUCGUACCUGCACAGAACAUUUACAAUGCCCUUUUGUACUAAUUCUAUAAGUACAAGGCAAAUGGGAAAUAAGAAGAUCAUCAUAUCUACAUUCUGUUAUAAAAAUGUGCACCAAAGCAUCAUUGGAGAAUCUGGAAUCCAAUCAUCACUACAUUUGCAUUGAAACCUACUUCUUGAAGUCAACCUGCAUUUCUAGAACCGAACCUGGUAAGCCUCAUCUUCUGAAAGUCAACGCAUUAUCUGUCUAACCAUGGUAACAUUUGAAAUGAAAUUUAAACUCUGCUUCUGCAAGUCAAAGACUUCCUUUCCAAUGUUGACUAUUAUAAUAAUAAAGAAUGGCAACCAAGCUGACAAUUCCUUUCCGAUGUUCUUAUUCUCAUUUUGAUUUUCUUCUGUUUUGCUUCAUCUUUUAUUUGUUCUUUUAGUUACUCCUUGAUAAAAGACUUCCUUAAGUUCAAUUGUAGAACUCUGCUUCUGCAAGUCAUAUAGUUUUUGAGCAGGAAUGACACACACACUUCCAGAAGUAGGGAUGGCAGUACUCUUCUGCUUGAGUUCUUAACUGCUUUCUUGCUUAGUAUUUCCAAACAAAAUCUCAGCUAAUAAUGUGUAGAAAGGCUUUUUAUGUGAAAUGCAUAGGGAGGUAUGCCAUGAAUAUCUAUUGUCACUAGAACUUUCCUGCAUCCAGUAGUUUGAUCUGCCUAAAACUAUCUAUACGUAUGUAACUGAACUUCCAGUGCAAUGUAAAAAUGGUGAAUGUCGCUUACUUAUAACUACUCAUGUAAUAUAUGCGCACAUGUCCGUGCUAUGAAACCUCUCCAUAGCUUAACCCUCUUGCUGAUCCCUCAUGGUCAGCUGAUUUCUAAACCUUUAUGUACAUAUAUAUACAAUAAUUCACAUACUUCUUCAGUAUGCAAUGCGAUGUAACAGAUGCUGGCUCCCAUUGCCUUUGCCAAUUAUCAUGCAACUUCACAUAGACAAGUUUUUUUUUAAAAAAAAUUGCUGCUAUAUAUACGUAUGCAUGUUUCGACCUUCACAGAUGUUAAACGCAUUUACUCUUAAACUCUGCUUAUCUCAUUUAAAAAAUGACAUGAGGGCGCGCCAAGGCGCGCGCAAAGUACUCGUAUCCAUAUACAAUGGAGCUCCGCCCCCAGGCAUCCGGCCUGUUCGCAGCGCUGACGUCCCUGAAGAUAGAUGGCUAUGUCUGCAUGGCAGGCAGUGAUCUCACAGCUCUUGUGAACAUGCAGUGCCCGUGCUUGAGGAACCUGAAUCUUUUCAUGACGCUCAUUGUCAUCUUUGAUGUCUUCAUUCACUCAAACUCGUUGCACACACUGAUGCUAUGCGUCCUACACACAAGGCGUCUAGAGAUUUUGGCCCCAAGACUUGAAGAGCUCAUAAUAACUAUUCGGCCAAUGGAGGCUCAGAUCUCUGCUCCGAAACUUGUCAAGGUCACUUGGCGUGAUGCAUAUGAUCCCCAUCUCAAUCGGUUUGUUGAUGUUGGCUGUAGGAUCCAGCUACUGGAAAUUUAUAGACAGGCGUCGUCCCUGACUAAGCAGUUCGAUCAAGUUGAUGAGUUGAAUAUGAAGAUUGGUCUAAAUUUCCUAGAUGCAGCAAAGUAUGGAAGCUUCUUGAAUGAAACAAGUAAGCUGCCCAAGUGUAAGAGCUUUUGCAUAUUCUUGUCGUGGGAACCCCAUGCCUUGGUGCCUGUCAUGUUGCAUCUCUUGAGGAGUUGCAAUGAUACAAAGAAGCUUCAAGUCCAUUUACUUGGUCUGUCGUCCCUAGGAGUGAUGCAUUCUUGCCCGCCGUUUUGCCUUUGUCGUUCGGAAGAGAAUCGCAAGAUUGAUGGCAUUGAUCUCAGUUCUCUUGAAGUGGCAGAAAUCACCGGUUUUUCAGGUUCUCAUGAACAAAUGGAAUUUGUGGAGUUCCUAUCCAGCAAUGCAGGAGUCCUUAAAAGGUUGCUCAUCAAUGACGAGUAUUGUCGUAGGCCCAAGGAAGUACGUGAGAAGGUCCGUAGCAUGUGUCAUGUGUCAUCCAAAUGUUAAAGUUGAUUUCCUUGUGUUCUGCAAGGGCAGGCUGGCACUCGUUGACUAAUUUCAGGUGUGUGGUAAAUGUAAUAUUAUGUGGUCUUUACUAGCUUUUGCACAAUAAGCGCAGGGUUUAUGUUUCAGUCAUUUUUAGGAUUCAUCUUCAGUUCAAAUUUGAACCCCGAUCAAUUAAGGCUCAUUGCUGUAUUUCUUCUUA